AUGAAAAUCUUCGUCGCAUCCCUCAUCGCCUUCGCGGCAUCGGUCUCCGCAUAUGGUAGUGCGAUUGUUUUAAACAAUUCUACAAGCACGAUAUAUGCUUGGUCCGUCGGUGACGUCGUUGGUGACCGGCAAACCAUUGUAUCAGGCGGUCUGUACCUGGAGCCACUUCGCCGGGACCCGAGAUCUGGAGGUAUCGCUAUCAAAAUCACGAAGCGACCGAACGGUCUCUACGAUGGCGCGCCACAGCAAGUGUUCUCAUACAACAUCGAUGGCGCUCAAGUUUAUUACGAUUUGAGCUCGGUGUUUGGCGCUCCAUUCGCUGGGAACCGCAUCGAAGUCACGAGUACUACUGGUGCCCCGAUCGUAUGGCCUGCGGGUACGCAUCCUGGAGGAAAUCAAGUGAAGAGUGCUCGGAACGACGAGAACAUUUGGUUCACUGUGUACGGUGCAAGAUAG